AUGCCGAUUGCUAUUACUAGUAUAGCCACAGAAUUUGACUAUUCGCUCAUUCAACAAGGCUGGAUCUUGAGCUCUUUUCCUGCCGGAUACAUUAGCUCUCAAAUAAUUGGGAGUUGUGCGUGCUCUCAGUUAAGUGGUCACUAUCUUUUAUGUUUCGUUGUAUUGUUAUGGUCCAUAAGUACAGUAUUGGUACCUGUUAUUGCUUCAUCAUAUCAUUUGUUGAUUUUCGCUCGAGUAAUAUUAGGUUUAGGAGAAGGAUUAGGUCUUCCGACAAUGUACCAUAUACUUGCUCAAACUGUACCUUCAGAACAGAGAUCCUCUGCAUUUUCAUAUCUUAUAGCUGGUGGUGCAGUUGGCCAGACCAUUGCAGCGGCCAUUUGUCCCCAUUUAAAAUGGGAAUAUUCAUUUCAUAUAUUCGGCAUUAUUGGAAUAUGUUGGUGUAUUUUAUGGAUAAGAACAGAUACCAAAUUACCCCUACCAAACCAUCACCAUCUUCUUUUCCAAAAAUUACGCAAUCCACUGAAUCGGUGGGAUCGGUUCUUUACACUACCACCAUUAACUGCUAUUUAUGUUGCACACUUUUGCAUGAACUGGAACGCUUAUAUUAUUAUGCAUUGGUUACCCACUUAUUUACGUGUCACCUUCCGGGCGGAUCCAGCUGAGAUAUCGCUGGCUGCUCUACCAUAUUUAGCAAACAGCCUUUUUGCUAUUGCAACAGGUCAUUUGGUUGAUAAAAUGGUGAAUGAGAAAAAGACGUCACUGCUUUACGCUCGAAUAUGCUGCACUACCCUAGGACUUGCUGUUCCUGCGCUCUUGCUUAUCGGUUUCGCAUUUGUUACGAGCCUUCUUCCAGCGAUCUUAAUGGUUUCAUUAAGUAUGGGCGCAUUAGCUUUGAAUUCAGCAGGUCAUUUAAGUAAUCACGCAGAUGUUGCUCCAAAGUACGCCGGCAUUACAUUCGCUAUUUCAAAUACAAUUGCAACAUUACCUGGCCUUACUGUUGGACCACUAACAGCACGACUAGUGGUUGAGUCAUCGGGACGCUGGUGGCCAGCAUUCAUAUUAGCAGGAAUGUUGAAUUUUGCUGGUGCAGUUGUGUAUGCACAUUAUGCUUCAGUUAAACAAGUAAUAUAA